AAAAAAAAAACACACCACUCUCAAUAAAAAGUCGAUCGAAAAGAUGAGACUUCCGAACCAACUCAACCGAUGGAUAACAACCAGCAAACAUCACUCAUCAUCAUCAUCACUCAUCAGACGAUCGAUCAGCACCCAAACUGCCGGACCCACAGCAUCCAAGCCGACUCUAGAGCAACAACAACAAGGAGAUCGGCAUUCUCCGAAACUGUACGGUGUCACCUACGUCCCGCCGCUCAAGAUCACCCGUCAACAUACCAAACGAGGCGAUUACGGUCUUUACGAUGGACUGAAAGUACGUGCGGGCGAUAACGUGUCGAAAUCGAAACAUCGGACCAAACGCACGUGGAAACCUAACGUCCAACGGACCACCUUAUGGUCCGAAGUCUUGGGCCAAUCCUUGCAAUUAAAGGUCACUUCGGCGGCGUUGAAGUCGAUUGAUCGGAUGGGAGGUCUAGACCGAUACGUAUUACAGAUGAGUGAGCAACGGCUAGGCGGGAUGGGCAUCCGGAUCCGAGAGCUAGUGAUCGCGGCGAUGCAGGAGCGGGUGCGACUGACGAAGGCCUUCAGUCGGCCGAUCCCGGCCGACCAGGCCUGGCGGAUCCCGCGCUGGCAGGACGCCAGCGAACGCACUUCCCAUGCCGCCGUUCGCACCAUGGUCCCCUCCGUCGACGUCUCCCGCGUCGCCGUCUUCCCUCGGCUGGCUUCCCCAAAACCUGACGGCUCUAUCGACCCGAUGAUCCUUCAUGACUUCCAUGUCCGUGGCAAAAAAGGCUCACAGACUUCUAGACGAUCUACUCAUCCUCGUCGUUAAUCCAUCUCCUCACUUCUCCCUCUAACCAUGUCUCCCUCCCCUCUCUCUUUUUUUGUAUUCAUCUCGCUUGAUGUUUCAUGUUUGAAGCUACAGUCAUCAACAAUUCUUUCACACUUUUUUUCCGCUCAUUUUCCCCUUCCUUCACAAGUAAACACCAACAGUAAAAACAUUCGCGAAUCGACACUGACAAAGAGAACAAAAUAAGGGUGGUGAUAUUUUUUGAUGUAUGUUUAUUUUACAACAA